UAGCUUCGAUAGUCAAUCAACAAGACUGUUGGCAAAUAUUAUUAAAUUUAAGUAAAUAGAGCAGUCAAUUGCCUUAAAGUGUUGUAUAAAUAUUAAAAACAAGCAUGUGGAACAGAGCGGAAGUGUAUGAGAGGGUGACCACACAAAACGAGGAAAACGAGCAGGAGGAUAUGAAGCACGGGAGGUCAAGCUCGCAGCACACCAAUAGCAUCUAUAUGGCUUCAAGGCGAAGUCAGCUACCCUACUCGAGGCCAAUCCCCCAGAACCGCCAGGAACUGCUCGACAGCAUCGGGCGGGAUCGAGAGGUCCUGGGGGCCUACUUCCAAAGACUGACCUCGCAGCGAGAGGAAGCCACGUCGUCGGAUUUAGCAUCACCUAAUCCUCCUGCUCUUCAGAGAAACAGCUACGACCUGUUUUUUGAGAGCGCCUGCAUCAGUGUCAAAGGCUUGCCGCCCAAAUUGGCCGCGGAAGCCAAGAGCCGCAUCUCCCAGAUCAUCACUGAGUUCGAGAUCCGCGCCAUCUCCGAAAUGGAAGCCCAACAGGAGCGCCAAAUGCAGGCGCAACCCAGAGUGGAUAGUGCGAAGGGGAUUGUCUACGAGUUUCGUCCCUGCUCGUAAAGUAGGUUGGGUGUUUGCCUUAACACAUCUAAUACACUCACUUCACAUUUGGACGUCAUCUUACUCUGGACUAUCAAAAUUCACAAUAAAAUUUAAAGCGUUCUACAUUUAGUAAA